AUGCCUGCGGAUCAAAUACAAUAUUCAGAAAGGUAUAGCGAUGACGUCUAUGAAUAUAGACAUGUCAUCUUACCACAAGAUAUUGCUCGUCUGGUUCCUAAAUCUCAUUUGAUGACAGAGACUGAAUGGAGAAACCUUGGUGUACAGCAAAGUCCUGGUUGGCUUCAUUUCAUGGUACACAGUCCAGAACCCCACGUUUUAUUGUUUAGACGACCAAGAACUGAUGUUCCUACCCCAGUGAACAAUUUAGAAUCUAGUUCAAACUCAACUGUUAAGGUGUGA